AUGAAAUUAAAGAAAUUUACGAGCAUAAAAACUGAAGAAGGAAGCGAAGACGAGGAAAAAUCGGUGUUGGUAAAUUCAUCGCAGAAAUAUUUCAAUAAUUUGAAGAUGAAACAUUGGCGAUUAAUUAUUAGAAAUUUGCCUUUUCAAACUGUGGUGGAGGAUCUCGAAAAAAUUUGUCGUAAAUUCGGACAAUGCGCGGAAAUAGUUUUGCCAAAAUGUAAAGAUAAACGCUUUCCUCAGUCUUGUGCUGGUUUCGCUUUUGUACAGUUCGCUCGAAAAAAGGACGCAGAAAAUAUUAAAGGACGUAAAAUUAUUGUCGAUUGGGCUGUACCCAAAGAUACUUACGAAACAUUUAUAUUGAGGAAAAAAAAUUGGAGAGGUAUUAGUCUGAAAUCAAGUUUAGAAUUUUUCCUAUUAAUUGUCAGUAUUUGCAGAAAUUUAUCAUUUGAUGUGACAGACGAGCAGUUAAGGAAAUCGUUAGAAAAAUACGGUGAAAUAAAUCUGGCUAUAGUUUGUCGUUAUGAAGAGAGUUCACAUUCAAAAGGUAGUGGAUUUGUUCAUUUCAAGACAAAAGAACAAGCUGAUUUUUGUAUAGAAGAAAAUGGAAUAAUGAUUGGAGAUCGAAAAGCCUUUUGCUACCGCGCUUUAUCUAAAAGUGAUGCUGAAAAGAUCGAAAAGGAACGAAAGGAAAAAAAGCCAAAUGACAAACGUAAUCUGCAUUUACUUAGAGUGAGUUUGGUGCGUCCUGGCACUCGCGCUGCUUGCGGUAUGAGUGAAGCUGAUGCUCAGAAACGAGCAAAAUUAGCAAAUUUAUCACGCCAAAAACUACGUAACUUGCAUAUGUUUGUUUCUCCAACUCGAUUGGUUGUUCACAAUUUGCCGAAAUCAUUAGAUGAUAAAAAAUUGAAAUCAAUUUGUUUUCUAGCAGCUGGUAACCCAGAUGCGGUAAUUUCUGAGUGUCGUAUUUGGCGAGAUAAGAAUAAACUUGAUUCUAAUGGUGUACCUCAAUCGUGCGGGUUUGGUUUCGUUGCAUUUUCAGAGCAUAGCGAUGCACUUGCAGCAUUGAAAUCUCUCAACAAUAAUCCAGAAACCUUUACGAAAGAAAAGAGGCCAAUAGUAGAAUUUUCUAUCGAAAAUUUAGCAGCCUUGCGUUUACGUGCUUUACGUCAAAACAAAAGCCAGAAGAAAUACGAUAAGCUUAGCGAUAAAACUAAGAUGGAUUUGGAACAAACAAAGAAACAGAUAGCUCUGGGUGGUCGAAAACCUUUUCCAUCACAUUUUGGCCCAAAAAUUCGUAGCAGACAUUUAAAUGUCAAGCAAAGGAAGAAAAAUAAUACAUCGGUGUGUUUAUUUUUCUUAUUUCUUCAUUUUUUGAAAGAAAUUUAUUGA